AUGAUGCAAAACCUUACAGAUGUCCCUUCACCCCCAAACCUCAGGAUCCCCACCUGGAUGAAGGCGUCCAAGGGGUCCUCGGGGGUUCGGGGUGGGGACGGUGCUGGGGGAGGUGGGUCCCCCGCCCCUUUCUGUCCCGGGGACGCGCUGAGCGGAGGCGGCGGCGAGGAGUACGAUGAGCUGCCCCACUACCCAGGCAUCGUGGACGGCGCUGCAACCCUGGCUGGCUUCUCGGAGGCACUGCCUCCCGCACAUGUCUCCUCUCCUGCUCCCUCCAGACACCCGCUCUUCCCGCUGCUGGCCCUGGUCUUUGAGAAAUGUGAAUUGGCCACCUGCUCACCCCGUGAUGGGGCCGGGGCCGGGCUGGGCGCACCCCUGGGCGGUGACGUCUGCUCCUCCGAUUCCUUCAAUGAGGACAUCGCAGCCUUUGCCAAGCAGGUCCGCUCCGAGAGGCCCCUCUUCUCCUCCAACCCGGAGCUGGACAAUCUGAUGAUACAGGCCAUCCAGGUGCUCCGGUUCCACCUGCUGGAGCUGGAGAAGGUCCACGACCUGUGCGACAACUUCUGUCACCGCUACAUCACCUGCCUCAAGGGAAAGAUGCCCAUCGACCUGGUCAUCGAGGAUCGGGACGGCGGCUGCAGGGAGGAUCUCGAGGAUUACCCGGCCUCCUGCCCCAGCCUCCCGGACCAGAAUAAUUCCUGGCUUAGGGACCAGGAAGACAGCGGGUCUGUGCAUCUGGGGACCCCGGGGCCGUCCAGCGGGGGCCUGGCCUCCCAGAGUGGGGACAACUCCAGUGACCCAGGAGACGGACUGGACACCAGCGUGGCCUCCCCCAGCUCUGGGGGGGAGGACGAGGAGCUGGACCCCGAGCGGCGGCGGAACAAGAAAAGGGGCAUCUUCCCCAAGGUGGCCACGAACAUCAUGAGAGCCUGGUUGUUCCAGCACCUCUCGCACCCGUACCCCUCGGAGGAGCAGAAGAAACAGCUGGCGCAGGACACGGGGCUCACCAUCCUGCAAGUCAACAACUGGUUCAUUAACGCCCGGAGACGCAUCGUGCAACCAAUGAUAGAUCAAUCCAACCGCACAGGGCAGGGUGCAGCCUUCAGCCCAGAGGGCCAGCCCAUGGGGGGCUACACAGAAACACAGCCACACAUGACUGGCAGGCCACCAGGAUCUAUGGGGAUGAGUGUGAACUUGGAAGGAGAGUGGCAUUACCUAUAGAGGCAGGACUCAGGAGAAGUACUCCAGCUUCUGAACUGUGACCAGCAGGCUAACACCUGGCUCCGGUCCCCACCUCUGGCUUCAGGACCCCAUCUCCUACGGCCCGCCCACUCAACGCCUACCUCCCUGGGGCCCCGCCAGGACACGGGGGGCCUGAGCACCUGCUGGGGGGGUCUCUCAAGGACAAAGACAAGGCCUCUAGGCUCUGUGCCCCACUUCUGCCCUCGCCGCUGCCAGGAACCCAAGCUGAGAUCUGGGUCCUCAGAAGAUGGUGGCUGGGGUCCCCCACCUCCAGGACAGAGAGGGCAUUGGGGUGGGCUGGGGUCGUCAGGGGAGGAGGGUCACCUGGAUCCGAUAUUUGGGGAGGUUCCCUUCAUCCUCCCAGCCCACCCCCCUCCUGUCUCCUCCUACCUCCCUUCUCUAAUGUCUUCUACUUUUGUUUUUUUAAUGAUAAAGUCUUAAAAACCAAAAGCCA